UUCAUUAUUGGAUAAUGGUGGUUACACCCAUUCGUAUAGAGUAGUUUUCCUACGAUGAUCCGUAUCGCAUAGAGUCCAUAAUAUGAACGGUUCGGAUCAUCGGAUCAGGACCACUCACCAUGUGGCCCCAAGUUGGGCGGGAGCCUCCUGAGUCGCGAAAGACGCAAAACGAACUCCACUCUCUCUCAUUCUCUCUCGCUCACAUCCAACCGAUUCCGCUCCCGCAAAGCGAAAACAGAGAAGCGGAGCUGCGAUGAAAUCAAGGAGCAAGAAGGACAGUCCGAUGAAAUCCAACGGCUCAAAUCGGCUGCCAUGAAAUGAAAACCGUUCUCUUGUACCGCUCUUAUUAUUCUUCUUCCAUCGUGAUGGCCAAGACCAAUAAACCCCAAUCCCAAAAGGGUUCUGAUCAAUCACCGCCAAGGAUUACAUCCAAUGUCAAGCAGAACUUGCAGUUUCUAAAGUUAUGGAGGGAGUUCCAAAAGCAAAAGUCAAAUACGCCCAAGCCUGCAACUAGUUACCGCAAAAAGAAGGUGCAGAAAGAGGAGCUUCCGGAAGACAACGAGCUCUAUCAAGAUCCUACCUCAAACCUUUACUAUACAAACCAGGGUUUAGAAACUGCAGUUCCAGUUUUGCUCGUCGAUGGAUACAAUGUCUGCGGCUACUGGCCAAAACUGAAAAAGCAUUUUAUGAAAGGAAGACUAGAUAUUGCUCGCCAAAAGCUUAUUGAUGAAUUGAUAACAUUCAGUGUGCUGAAAGAGGUAAAAGUGGUGGUGGUCUUUGAUGCUAUGAUGUCCGGACUCCCUACUCACAAAGAAAACUUCGCAGGGAUCGAUGUAGUAUUCUCUGGCGAUUCAUGUGCUGAUGCAUGGAUUGAAAAAGAGGUUGUAGCUUUGAAGGAAGAUGGGUGCCCGAAAGUUUGGGUUGUGACUUCGGAUUUUUGUCAGCAGCAUGCUGCACAUGGGGCAGGUGCCUUUGUUUGGAGUUGCAAGGCAUUGGUUUCAGAGGUAAAGGCCACACAAAAGGAGUUUGAGCAGGUACUUCAAGAACAUAGGCCCAAGUUUGAGGCAAAUUGGAAACUGGUGAAAUACUUGAUCUACUUUUUCAUGUCGACUUCCAUGCAAGGGAAAUUGCUGCAGCACAAUCUCGGCCCUGAAGUAGUCAGUGCUCUCAAGGACCUUAAGAAAAAGCUGUCUGAAAAUGGGUCCAACUAGCUGAGGUCUUUCUGGACCGGAUGCAUUUUGAAUGUUUCUGGUUUACCUGAACACCGCUCUUCACACUGCUCAUUGUAGAUGCAUGGCCGCAAUCGUGUUAUGUCGAUCACAGAGUAAUAGGAUGACCGUCCUCGUGGCCUUGGUAAGGGGAGAGGUGAGCUCCAGUGCACAUGCAUGGACCAUGGUCGUAGGUCAUCGUGUACAUGAAUCUUCUGAACAUGCCAUGCCAAUGGGUUGGUUUUCAGCUGGGUUCGGGUCAGGACCAAAAAUUGUAGCCCAAACUUGGCCAUGACCCAUUACCUUGUGGCCAACCUGACCCACCUAAUACCCAUCAAGCCCAACCCCCAUCCAUUCAAUUGUAAUUGGGUCGGGCUCAACCAACAGGACCCAUUUAAGAAUGGAAUAUUUGACCACUGGGUAGCUGUACCUUGGCCCAAGCAGUGGAUGCAUGGAAAACAUAAAUGAAUUUGUAGACUUUUCUGCUUUAUUUUGUUUUGGGCUUUUGGUCGGGUCAUGUCACCCAACCCAGUUAUAGCUUAUGCAGGCACGUUGGGUUAGGCAUGGUUAAUGUUCCUGGUAUUGCUGAUAUCGUCACUAAUAUUUGUUGAUAUUAUAUGUAUUCCAAGUCAGUGAUACAGAUACUGAGGCUAAAAUAGAAGUGAGAUAUUCCAUAUA